AUGCUAAAUCUGUCUGUAUUCAUUCUGUCAGGAAAAGAACAAUCUUUAGUAGUAUCAUUGAACUCAUCUACUAGUGAAAAAAUGAAAAUUGGCCAGAGAAUGGCCAGUACUUAUGUCGCUGCAUCUAAUGGAUAUUCUUUGGUUGAACCAGUGCAGCACUAUGGGUUUUUUCGACGUAGCAUCACCAGGAAUGCAGUAUACAGUUGCAAGAAUGGUGGUCAUUGUGAAGUGGACAUGUACAUGCAGACAAAAUGUCAAGAGUGCAGACUGAAAAAGCAUUCAGAAGCACAUGGAAUGAACUCAAGAGGAACAUCAGCUCAUUGA